CUGCCUGCCGGGAGCCAAAACGAAAGCACUCUGGCUGGGUCUGGGACGGGAUUCAGGACUCCCAGGAGAGGGAGUGCUCAAGCCCGCACUGGGACCCCAGGCUGAGGAGGGAUUCCAGCCCCUCCUGGGGCUGAGUGGGAAUAAAGGUACCGUGUCUGCCCCCCCCUCUGGGGGGGGCAGGACAGGGCCUUGGGCCUUGGUGCCUUCUGGCACCUGGAAGAUGCCUGUGCCCUGGUUCCUGCUGUCUUUGGCACUGGGCCGAAGCCCCAUGGUCCUCUCUUUGGAGAGGCUUGUGGGGCCUCAGGAUACUGCUCGCUGCUCUCCGGGCCUUUCCUGCCACCUCUGGGAUGGUGACGUGCUCUGCCUACCUGGGAGCAUCGUGUCUGCCCCAGGCCCUGUGCUGGUGCCCACACGCCUGCAGACAGAGCUGGUGCUGAGGUGCUACCAGGAGACUGACUGUGACCUCUGUGUGCGUGUGGCCAUCCACUUGGCUGUGCAUGGGCACUGGGAAGAGCCUAAAGGUGAGGAAAAGUUUGGAGGAGCAGCUGAUCCAGAGCUUGAGGAGUCUAGAAACGCCUUUCUCCAGGCCCAAGUCGUGCUCUCCUUCCAGGCCUACCCCACCGCCCGCUGCGUCCUACUGGAGGUGCAAGUGCCUGCUGCCCUUGUGCAGCCUGGUCAGUCUGUGGGUUCUGUAGUAUUUGACUGCUUCGAGGCUGCUCUGGGGGCCGAGGUGCGAAUCUGGUCCUACACUCAGCCCAGGUACCAGAAGGAACUCAACCUCACCCAGCAUUUGCCUGACUGCAAGGGGCUGGAAGUCCGGGACAGCAUCCAGAGCUGCUGGGCCCUGCCCUGGCUCAAUGUGUCUGCCGAUGGUGAUGAUGUGCACCUGGUGCUGGACGUCUCUGAGGAUCAGCGCUUUGGCCUCUCGCUGUACUGGAACCAGGUCCAGGGUCCUACAAAACCCUGGUGGCACAGAAACCUGACUGGGCCACAAACCAUUACCUUGAACCAUACAGAUCUAUUUCCCUGCCUUUGUAUUCAGGUGUGGCCGCUAGAGCCCGACUCUGUCAGGACAAGCAUCUGCCCUUUUAGGGAAGACCCCCGGGCACAUCGGAACCUCUGGCGUGCAGCCCGGCUGCAGCUGCUGCCCCCAAGGGGCUGGCGGCUAGAUGCACCCUGCUCGCUGCCUGCUGAGGCCACUCUGUGUUGGCAGGCACCAGGAGGGGGCCCCUGCCAGUCGCUGGUCCCGCUGCUGCCACCAGCAAAUGUCACUGUAAACAAGGCACUUGAAUUGCCAUUGCUGAAUGUCCACCCCAACCUCUGUGUCCAGGUAAGAAGGGGGCAUAAGAGCUCCGGGCUAGGGGCAGGACCCAGAGUGGACCCCCCCAGAUAAUUCACUGUCUUCUGGACCCACUUUAUCCUUGAGUCACUGGAACAAAGUAGUUACUUCUGGGAGUUCCAGUAUUGAUUUUAGCAGUGCCAUGGGACUCUGGGCAAGUCA